AUGGGGCCGCCUAAGCUGGUCAUCUUUGGAGGGAAUGGCUUUGUGGGAAGCCGCGUGUGUGAGGAAGCCCUGAAGACGGGUCUGAGUGUGGUCAGCGUGAACCGCUCAGGACCACCAAAGCAGUCAGCUGACUGGGUGAAAGGCGUCGAGUGGGUCCAGGCGGACGUUUUCGAUGUCAGCUCGUGGCGGGAUCAACUGAAGGGCGCCGUUGGGGUCAUCAGUUGCUUGGGCGCUUUUGGGUCAAACGAUUUCAUGCAGAAGAUCUGUGGAGACUCGAACAUCACAGUCUUCAAUGAGGCAGCAGAUGCUGGCGUUCCACGGGCUGCCUUCAUCUCAGUGCACGACUACGGCUUUCCAGGCGCUGUCUUGCCGGGUUACUUCCAGGGAAAGAAGAGGGCAGAGGAAUUGCUGGCCCUGAAGUUCCCACAGGGCGGUGUUGCGCUUCGGCCAGGCUUCAUCUAUGGGACCAGGAAUGUUGGGGGUGUCGGCAUCCCCUUGGGAGCCAUAGGCUACCCGCUCGACAAAGUUCUGGGUGUUCUGCCGACAAAGUCUCUGGCAGGCGUCCCACUGUUGGGAGCAGGUUUUGUGCCUCCAGUCAGCGUAGCUGCUGUGGCAAAAGCAGCAGUCACUGCGGCAACAGACCCAUCAGUCGAGGCGGGGAUCCUAGAUGUGUGGCAGAUCAAAGCGUAUGAAUCCCCUUGA